CAUCAUUGCAACUCACAGAGUUAUUCUUAUUUUUUUCUUUAACUUUAUCUCUACGCUAGGUAUACGAAAUGGAACUGAAUAUACGAAAAACAUUUAUUAUUGCUGCGAUACUACCAUGGUGUUCCAUUUCCGAUUAUUAUGAAAAACUAUCGAAGAGUAUACAAGAAUUGACUACAAAAGUAGUGAUGAUACUGAUGACGAAGCCCUUAAUUUCGUGUUUGAUUGUUUUAAUUUCCGCAUGCUUCUUAACAAUACCUAUUUUUAUUUCCUUUACACUUUUGGCUAUAGUUUUUGGAAUAAUUGUUAUUAUUAUCGUGGUGGAAGGUGUAAUAGUGUUUGUCAUACUUAUUGCAACAGUGCAGGGUAUUUUGAUUUAUGUUUUAAUUAUAUCUCUUGUGUCUUAUGCAAUUUAGCAUAGAAUUAUAGCAUUUGAUUGUUGUAAAAUAUACAAGAACCUUGGAUUACUGUUUAACU